AUGCCGGAGAAGGUUUUUAUCUCCUCUGAUGGCGAGUUCUGCGACCGAAAUGGCAAUGCGAUAGUAUUAAGGGGAGUUAACCUCGACCCAAUUACAAAGAUCCCAGCAUGCCCCUACUUGCCAACUCACACACCAGUUGACGAAAGCAGUUACUAUGAGAAUGCAGAUGAGGUGAGCUUUGUGAAUCAUCCUCUUCCUUUAGAAGAUAUUGAGGAGCAUAUAAACAGAUUGAAAUCGCUGGGCUACAACUGCAUAAGGUUUCCCUUUACGUGGGAAGCUUUGGAGCAUCAGGGUCCUGGGAAAUACGAUUUCGAGUAUAUUGAUUAUGUGAUAAAAGUCCUCAAAAAGAUUGGUUCAAUUGGGGGACUGUAUGUGUACCUGGACCCGCACCAGGACGUGUGGUCAAGGUUCUGUGGUGGUUCAGGUGCGCCACUUUGGACUUUGUAUGCAGCAGGCUUCAAUCCCCGUCAUUUCAACGCUACUGAGGCGGCCGUGCUGCAUAAUCAUUAUUCUGCAGAGGGGGAGGCGUAUCCAAAAAUGUUAUGGCCGACAAAUUACUUCAAGCUUGCGUGCCAGACAAUGUUCACGUUGUUCUUCGCUGGCAAGGACUUUGCUCCAAAGUGCCAGAUCAAUGGGGAAAAUAUUCAGGACUACUUGCAGAAUAGAUUCAUUGACGCGGUCAUGGUCCUUUACUCGAAAAUUCAGGAAAAGGCACCCGAGCUGUUCGCGGAAAACUGUAUCAUUGGCCUUGAGACAAUUAAUGAGCCAAAUUGUGGUUAUUUUGGAGAAAGAAACCUUGAGCAAGUUCCUAGAGACAGAAAUUUGAAGCGUGGUUCUACGCCUACGGGAUUUCAGAGCUUUCUUUUAGGAGAGGGUCAUGCCGCUCUAGUGGAGCAAUACGAUAUCUCAAUCUUUGGCCCCACUAAAAUUGGCACUAAGGAAAUUGACCCAAAAGGUACAAGCUGCUGGCUUACCAAUGAGGAGCGGGCACAACUCGACUCACGAUACGGAUGGCAAAGGGCGGCGUCAUGGUUGCCGGCUCAAUGCAUCUGGAAGCUCCACGGCGUUUGGGCAGAGAAUGAAGGUGGGCCAACUUUACUGCGUAAAGAUUACUUUGCGUAUGUGGCUGAAAGCCCGCUGUCCCCUGUCAACGAUGUUUAUUUCAGUCAUCAUCAAUUUGUCAGCUUUUACAAACGUUUCCAAAGGGCGUUUAGAAAGAUCGAUAAAGAGUCGCUAUUGUUUAUGCAGGGGCUAGUGUUCAAGCAACCACCCCAGCUGAAAGGCUCAGAUUUGAUAGACGACAGAACUGUCUAUUCAUGUCAUUUUUACGAUGGCAUGUCGCUGAUGUUUAAAACGUGGAACCGAAAGUUUAACGUGGAUACUUUCGGCAUCGUUCGUGGUCGAUACUUUAAUCCGGCUUUCAGUGUUGUUCUAGGAGAGACGAAUAUCAGAAAAUGCCUGAAAAGGCAGCUUAGAGAAAUGAAACAGGAAGUUAAAGACGCCUUAAGCAUACCUUGCUUCUUCACCGAGAUAGGUAUGCCAUUUGACAUGGAUAACAAAAGGGCUUACAAAAAUGGGGACUUCUCCUCACAGAUUUCGGCGGUAGAUGCUCUGCAAGCGGCUCUAGAGGGUGAAAAUCUCUCCUAUAGCCUCUGGUGCUACUGCUCGAAGAACUCACAUGAAUAUGGCGAUGAGUGGAAUAACGAAGACUUUUCCAUCUGGUCGUCGCAACACAGUAAUCAACGCCUGGAAGCCGAGACACCUCGUUUAGAAGCUAGCGACUUUGUUACAUUGACGGAGAACCUGGAACUCGAUACACCGCCAUGCGCUAGAAAGAAUAAGCUUGAUUUCAGUGGCAUUCGCGUCCUCGACGCAGUCCUAAGACCUUUUCCGAUUAAGAUUCACGGUAAAUUCAUUGACGCGAAUUUUGACUUACCAGCUAAGACAUAUAAGUUAGAGAUAGCGGCACGGGCCGAUGCUGAAAUUUCACCGGAUGCGCAUUCCUUUAUAUUUCUGCCUCAGCACCAUUUCCCGCUGGGAAGAAUCACUAUCAAUUCUUCAUCAGGCGUUUUCGCUUAUCAUCAAGAUUAUCAAGUAUUGAAAUGGUUCCACAGCUCUGGAAAGCAGUGGUUAACAAUCUCUUUGAUAGAUGCAGAUUCUAGAGCUCCAAGCCCUAAUUGUACAAUCUCUUAA